GGGGAGGCUCCGGGCGAGCCGCGGCACCGCCUCGGCGCGCGGCGCCCUCCGCGCGAGGGAAGAGCUCCGCAGCGCGGCGGCGCCGGGACCGCGGCGCAGCCCCGGGGACAGGGCUCGGCCCGGCGGCGCCGCCGCCCCCGGGACAGACGCGCCCGCGGCAAGAUGGGCGCCCUGGCCCUGGCCCUGGGGAUUUUCCACUACCUGGGGCUCUACCUGCAGCUCGGCGCCGCCUCCCGGCACCCCCCGUGGGACGCCCCGGCGGCGGGCAGCGCCCUCUUCACCGAGACCCCCCAUGACAUGACGGCCCAGGCGGGCGAGGACGUGGAGAUGGCGUGCUCCUUCCGAGGCAGCGGCUCCCCCUCCUACUCCCUUGAGAUACAGUGGUGGUACGUCCGCAACCACAAGGACUGGACAGACAAACAGACGUGGGCUUCCAACCAGCUGAAAGCAUCGCCGCAGGAGGAGCCUGGGAAGGACGCGACGAAAAUAAGCGUGGUGAAGGUGGUCGGCAGCAACAUCUCGCACAAGCUGCGGCUGUCGCGGGUGAAGCCGGCGGACGAGGGGACGUACGAGUGCCGGGUGAUCGACUCCAGCGAUGGCAAAGCGCGGCACCACAAGGUGAAGGCGUACCUGCGGGUGGAGGCGGCGGGGGGCGUGGGGCACCCCCAGGACACCCAGCUGCGGGGCGCCCCGCUGCCGGACCCCGCCGCGCCGGGCUCAGCCCACGCGCACCACCAUCACCACCACCACAAAGCCGGGAAGGAGCUGAAGAAGCGCUCGGCGGACGCCUCCUGCGUGCUGUAGGCAGGCGGUGCCGGGAGGGGAUGCCGGAGCCCCCCACCGCCCCGGACUCAGCGGAGCCAUCAAGGGUCCCGCGUCCCCUGCCAGAGACUGGCCCCACCGCCCCGUCUUGCCCGCCGACCCCCACCACCUCCUCCUCCCGUCGGUCACCGCCGGCUCGGUUUCUUCCCCAGCCCUGGGGCGCAGCGGUGCCAGGGCUCGGUGUGGGAGCAGGACCAUAUUCACGCUGGGGGGGCAUCGCUGGGACCGUGCCCAGGGCGGGGUCGUAAACCCACACAUGGUGGUCCCCAUCCCCACUGGCUCCGCGCAGGGGGUACCCCGCUGCUCGCUGCCACCCGCGGUGCCACGGGCCACGUUGCACCCCAGCUUUGCGUCCCCGGUGGAGGCCCCCCCCGCCUGCGGGACCCUCCCCACCCUCCCUUAUGCUUUGCAGAACCACCCAUCUGUUCCCGUAGGAGGCCCAGUUUAGUUGCUCCGUUCCAGCCCCACAGUGCAUAUAUAAGUUCCAUCAUCCAUCUUAUAGACCACAUGUCUCGCCUCUCCCUGCCCCUGCCUGCCCCAAAGCCACCCAAGCACGUCGAGGCCUGAGCUCAGCGGAGGAAGGACGGCACGGCACGCUCCCGGCACGCUCCCGGCACGGCCGUGGCACUGCGGGCUGUGCUGUGGCAUCGCCCAGCCACGCAGCUGCCCGUGGUCCGCAUGUGCCCAGGGAGCCGUGCCAUCGGAACCGGCCCGCUUUCACCCAUUUCUCCUCCUGGCCCUUUGCAUUUCAUGGAGGAAGGGGAGCUCGGACACCAGCCCCGGCUGCCCUUGCUCCAUCCCCCGCUGCCCAUGCGGCUCUUGGCCCCCAGCUCCCGGCCGAGCUCCUCUUCCUCCUGCGCCACGGCACCACGCUGCCCCGGGCAGGGUCUGGCGCAUGGGCUCCCGCGUCACAGUGCAAAUGGCAGAGCCUGUCCCCUGUGUCUGUCCCCCCCCGGGUAAACACCAUCGCUGGGGAAGGGGCCGCGGGGAGGGAGAGGGGGGUCCUGGGUCUCCCCGUCCGGGUGCUGGGCGCUGCUCCCCUGCUGCCGCUCGCCCACGCCGCCAUGCCUGCUGCCACCAGACCUGCUGCAGCUAAUAAAGCUCUUU